UAGACUUUUGACGGGGAGUAUAAAUUGAGCACAUUUUCGUGCACAAGCCUAAUUAAUUAAUUAAUCUGACUCUGGUUUACAUUAUCAUUUUGCUUUUGCUGCUCUCAGCAGAGUGUUUCUAGGCAAUCAUCACAAAGACGUCUCUUUAAUUUUCCAUUUUCCAGUGGUGUGACCAUGGCUGACAAGAAUCGUCUGGAACUGGACAAAUAUCUUAGAGAUGGAUACAACAUAAAAAAAACCAUAGAUGAUGAAUCAAAAGUGAUUGUUUUGCUUGGAAAAACAGGCUCUGGUAAGAGCACGCUAUCUAAGUUUAUACGCGAAGACAAAUCUCUCAAGGUAACAAAGAACAUCCAAGAUUUACUGGAGUUCACUGACAACGAUGUCACCAUCGGAAGUAAAAAUUGUUUAGAGUCUAAAACUACGCAACCCAAUAUUAACAAGGACAGUGACUCUGGUUACUUACUGAUUGAUUGCGCAGGUUUUGAGGACACGAGAAGUCCAGAGCAAGAUUUGAUAGUAGCUUUCAUCAACAAAAACAUCCUCGACUCAGCGAAAAACAUGAUCAUCGUUUUGGUCGAGAAUUACAGCAAUCUACUGGUAGGUCAGGACAGAUCCGCGUUCACUAACAAUUUGAAGCACUUGUCGGCUCUCAUCGACGAAAACGUUGAUUCUUUCCAAAAAUCAAUCGGCCUUAUUGCCACUAAAACGGACCUCAACGCUCCACAGAAAGUUAUCCAAGUUUUUCUUGAGAAGACAAAAGAACACCUUGAAAAAUUACAGAAUGAAGCUCAAGAAAAGGUGGCCAAGGAAGAAUUUAGCAGGCAAAUCAAGAUUCUUACAUUCAUGUUAGAGGGUUCACAUUUUGAAUAUUUCUAUAAGCCUGAAGAAGAGAAGAGUCCUUGGAAACAGGGUCUUAACAACUGGAAUCAACUUCGCAGACUUCUUUUUGGUGACUUGAAGUCUACGUCAGCGUUCAAAAAUGAAUUUAACGUUACCGUGGCUCCAGAAACAAAGAACCACGUCGUUCAAACGAUUCUUCCGGAUGUGGCAAAGAAAAGCAUGGAUCUCCUCGAUGACAUCGUAAGCUUGGUCAUCAACAGCUUUGAUUUACUGGUAAAUACGAAUGAAAAUCCCGCAAACACCGGACUUGUGAGUAGACUUGUUAACUUCGUAAGCGAUAUGGCAUGGCAGAAAAACGCCAACGUCAUCAGUAGUGACACAGAGGUCGUUGAAACCAUGAAAAGGAAGAGUGAAUCCGUUGUAAAAGUCUGUAAUGAAAUAUUGAAUGUCAUCAGUGAGAUUAAACAGUUUGAUGAUUUCAAAAAUGUCAUCAAUUAUUAUAAGCUGGAUUCUAAGUCAUGGGACGAUCUAAAAUUCCAAGUUGUGAAGUUGCGAUUUCUACAUGGCAUCGCCAAGAAUGACUUGGGAAAAUUCGAUAAAGACGCUGCUGGUCUCUUCGGGAGAAAUAAAAUAAUGUUGACACGCGUUAAAAAUACCUCAAACUUUCACACGUUCCUGAUUAACCUCCUGCAGGACGAUCGGUCCUACUGCCUGAAGAAAUUAAAAGAAAAUGAAGUAAAAGUGGACUUUUUCAAUUCUUUCGUGGCUUUGUUGCGUGAGCGAGGAUUUAACGAGAUAACAGUUUCGUCCGCCGCAGGCUUGAUUCCCAACGAAGCUUUGCUCAAGGGUUUUAAAGACGUGUUGCAAGCGUGCGCUUCACCAGCCCCUAGUAAAAAGACGGAGGAAAACUCUUUGAUUUUCAGUGGAAAAAGCGUCGCUUUGAGCCACAUUGAAACUCAAAUAAGAACAUCUAGUAACAGAAUGCACACGAUCGCCAUUGUAGCUGCAAAAAUCUUUUAUGUCGACUGCGACGUCCAUCUGCAGAACACUCACUUGGUCAUCAUGGCACCACAGGUCGUAAUCGUUAAUGAAAGACGCACUCUCACUUUAGCAGGCGAGAACGGGAUCCCUCAUGAGCAGGAAAGAGCCUGUGAUGGUGCAAAGGCGCUGCAUGGAAAUCCAGGUUACAGCUCAGGAUCCCUUCGACUGCUUGCCAACGGCGUUAAAAACGCGUCUCUUUUAUGUGUUCGCAGCGUCGGAGGAGACGGCAGCGACGGGCAGCACGGAUGCGAUGGAAGAGACGCGCAACGUCCAUCAACUCGUGAGUUGCCAGAGACGCUAACUCGAGACGAGUAUUUAACGAUUUUAAAUGAAGAGAAUGUUAUAGAAUCCGAAUUAGUUGAGGAAGUUGUUCCCGAUCAGACAUCAACUAAAUUGUGGAAUGUAAUGGAGAAAACUGGAAUAGGAGCAAUUGCCGUAGGAGUGACGGCGUUUGUAGCUACAGUGGCAUUACCUGCUGCGUCAGUCACUUCAGCCAUUGCAGCAAUAGCAGCAGGGACCAAUGCGCUUGCUUCAGUUACAUCAUUAAUAGCGUCUGCAGUGGUUUUAACCGAAAAGAAAUGUUCAACGAUAAUUCAAAUUGAUAAUUAUGGAGCCCCUCCUGAGGAUGGUCUUCGUGGAGGUGAUGCUGGUGCAGCAGCAACAGCAGGAGGAAUACAAAUUUUGGCAGGCGCUGUUGAUAUUGAUUGUGAUGCUAGUCCUGGGAAAUCUGGCAAGUUUGGUUCUGGAGGCAACGGUGGUGUCAAUGAAAGCUUGAAGUUGAUUGAUAAAUUCAAAGUUACAUCCAAAAAGAAAAGUAGAUUUUUUGGACUUAUUGGCAAGUAUGAUCAUUAUGAAACAAUCAAAAUUAGGUCAGAGACGUCAGAGUCAAAUAUUGAGUAUUUUCCAAACGCUCUAAGUGGUCAAAACGGAUCUGAAAAUGAAGAUGCACUGCAAAAUUACAAAUUCAGGCCAUCCUUUCCAAUUCACAAACUGGCCGAAGAGGUUUGCACUGUGUCUCAAACCAAUUUAAGCACGGAUUCGUCGCUUAAAAAGUUUUUGGAAUCUAUCUUAACAGAAAACGAUUUGGCAGCAUCUGAAUUACUGCGAAAUCUGCUGCAUGAACAUGAAAACGUCCAGGAAAACAAUAUCAACUUUGAGAACUUGAACUUUCUUUGACUUGUAUUGGUAAUAAUAAUAUAUGAUUUUGUUUCAUUGUAUAUUAUUUAAAAAAAAUUGGAGCACGAGAAUUUAAGAAUUACUUAAUAUCAAUCGUAGCGUAGGCAUAAUAAUUAUGUGUUUAUAUGUCACGGCCCACCGGUUAAAUUAUUUUAUUUUGCAUCUAAUUAAUUAAAAAAAUAUCAAUUUUUUAUUUCUACCAUUGACUUGUUCAAUUUAUGAUAAGAUUGAAUAAAAAAUAUUUAAUACAGAUUA